UCCAUCUGAUGACCCGUCAUGAAGUUGGUUCUUUUUUUGACGGCUGUUGCCGUCAGUUGGGUUCUUAUAGAGAGUAGAAAGCGCAGAACGAGGAACAGCAGCUGCCUGGUGAACAACAAGUACAUGCACGAACGAUCUUGUAAGGGACCACGUCGAGUCUAUUAUUCCUUCCAUCGAGUUAUAUUCGAUUGCAUACAGGUGACCACCAAAUGUCGAAGGAUUUACAGGAGAAACGAGUACAAAACUCUUGAAAUGUGCAGAGAUGACUGUCACUUCCACAUGAGUUUCCCCUAUGCACCACCAAUCGGAAAACAAACCACUGCCGCAGCUGCAGAGGGAGAAACCACGGAAGAAGGAGGAGGAGGAGGAGGCGGAGGAGGAGAAGGAGGAGGAGAAGGAGGUGGAGAAAGAAAAGGAGAAGAAGGAGGAGACACCACGCCUGCAGCAAGGACUCUGAGAAAAGAGGAGAAGCCAAACCUUCUGAAGCACCACCAACGGAGCAAAAGAAGAAAGCAAAGCACUUAAACAUUAACAACACAUUUUCAUUUGUUAAUUUGGAAUUAGCAA